GCAACACCUUUGUUCCUGAGCAUAUGGAUCAUCCGUCCUGUGAUCAUGGCGCUGGGAUAUAGCGCGCUGCUAUGUCCCUUUUGUAGUGAAUCUGCAUCACCUUCGCCGCCUUUCCGUAGACACCUACUUCGCGUGACCUUGCGUUAGUCUCGUGCAAGGCUCACAAGCAGGCACCAUGUCGAGACAGAGUCCAUUCAUCAACGACUUCGUUAGACGUGAAAGAGAUGAAAUCGAAUACGCCAAAUCACGCGUCUCCGAAGGACCCGAUGAAAAUGAUGAGAACAACGCCCAUGACCUUGACAUCACCGAAGUUGUAAAGAGGGAUUUGUUGAACACGAAAUCAUUCCUCGGAAAUGCUGUCCACAGCGACAUAGGCUCAGAUACUGAAGACGAAGGAGAUGAUGAAAUUCGAAAUUAUGGCAAGCCUGGCGAUCUCCGCAUCCUAUCUCAGCCGAAGAGGGACUUUUCUGCAGAACAGGACGAAGUGACCACAUUUUAUUCGACACGACCGACUGGUGAUACCUCCCGUGAGAACAAAAUAGGCUGGUCCUCGGAAGGCGAAAUUGAUGACGAAGGCUUGGAUAAAGCGUACUUGGCCUUCAAAAAAAGAAAAUCAAGAAAGCGAAAACGAGCGACAUAUACGGCUAAAUCCUCAGGGGCACCAGCGGCUCAAGGCGUUCCUAAUUCUGAUCGCAGAAAAAAUCAGUCCUCCAACAUUGUAAUCGGAAGAAGGGAAAGGCAGAGACGUCCCGCUCAUGAAGCCGUGUGGAAGGAUCUCGAGAAUGAUGAAAACACCGACCCUGAGGACUUUUUCGAAGACGACCAAAUCCCGGACUACGUGAGAGAUAGGAAAGCCGCAUUUGAAAAGGAACAGGAGCUCUACGGAACCGCAGGACUGAAGCUUCCCCCAGCAUUUGACGAGAUCUAUUUCUCGGACGAUGAUCGCAUUGACGACCUGUUAGAGAAGCCAAACCUGCACAACUCAAAACCAUGUGCUCCAUACAAAGAUAUAGUUCUUGAGUACUCUGGUGGUAUCAUACCUGCACCGAUUGCGCAGUGGCUUCGAGACUACCAGAUCAAGGGCGUGCAGUUCCUCCAUGAGCUUUUUGUGUGGCAGCGUGGAGGAAUUUUGGGUGAUGACAUGGGCUUAGGGAAGACCAUUCAAGUCAUUUCGUUCCUCACGGCUGCAUAUGGGAAGACUGGCGACGAGCGUGACGACAAACGCAUGCGCAAGAUUCGCAGCAAUGACAGUGCUUGGUAUCCAAGAACGCUCAUAGUCUGCCCCAACUCCUUGAUCGAGAAUUGGAAGGCUGAACUUGAUCGCUGGGGCUGGUGGAAAGUGUACACUUUUCAUGGAACUUCGACCAACAAGACUGCUGCCCUGUCAGCUGCUAUCAAGGGCCGUGCAGAGAUUAUGAUUACCUCGUACACCACAUACCGUCUCAAUGCAAGCGCGAUCAACACUGUUGACUGGGAUUGCGUCGUAGCUGACGAAUGCCACGGAAUCAAAGGCCGUCAAUCUGAGAUCACCAAAGCCAUGAACGAUGUCAACGCUUUGUGUCGUAUUGGUCUGACGGGAACGGCCAUCCAAAACAAUUAUGAAGAGCUGUGGACACUUCUCAAUUGGACAAAUCCUGGAAGAUUUGGUUCGUUAUCUUCAUGGAAGCAAUCGAUUAGUGAGCCUCUUAAGAUCGGUCAAUCUCAUAAUGCAAGUGCAUACCAGCUAGGACUUGCACGUCGCACGGCGUACAAGCUUGUCAACAAUUUGCUGCCGCAGUUCUUCUUGCGGCGUAUGAAAUCGCUCAUAGCUUCUCAGCUACCGAAGAAAAGCGACAAAGUUGUGUUUUGCCCGCUCACAGAUACUCAAGUAGAGGCGUACGAGAACUAUGUUUAUAGUCCAAUAGUUGAGUUCAUUCGCAACUGGACUACCUCAUGUGCCUGCGGUUCUGGGCAACGAGCUGGAUCCUGCUGUCAGCCGUCCGAGGAUUCUUUCGAGGAUUGGAGAAAGCACGUAUUUCCAACUAUCGUUACCCUUCAGAAAAUUUCAAAUCACCUUGCCUUGAUAAUACCAUCGAAAAGUGACUCUGAAGAAAAACAGUCGAAAGAUAUCGAACAUCUUAAGACAGCGAUGCCGGAUAGUUGGCAGGAGCUGUACCGAGAGGGACACAGUUUACGAACAUAUGCAAACCCAGAAUUCUGCGGUAAAUGGAAAAUUCUCCAGAAACUCCUGCAGUACUGGCAUGCGAACGGGGAUAAAGUCCUCGUGUUCAGCCACAGCGUGCGAUUGCUCAAGAUGCUACUUCGUCUAUUUGACAUGUCUAAAGCAACGUACAAUGUCUCUUACCUUGACGGCUCCUUGAGACCAGAGGAACGCAUGACAGUAGUUGAUGAUUUCAAUACAAACCCGCGGCAGUUUGUUUUCUUGAUCAGCACCAAGGCUGGAGGCGUGGGCCUCAACAUAACGUCUGCAAACAAAGUAGUCAUUAUGGAUCCUAAUUGGAACCCAGCUUAUGAUUUACAGGCGCAAGAUCGCGCAUACCGCAUUGGUCAGACAAGAGAUGUCGAAGUCUUCCGUAUGAUAAGUUCUGGAACAAUAGAGGAGAUUGUCUAUGCGCGACAAAUAUACAAACAACAACAGGCAAAUAUUGGUUAUACUGCCAGUUCCGAACGCCGCUACUUCACUGGAGUGCAGAAUGACAAAGACCGUAAAGGUGAGAUCUUUGGCCUGGCAAACAUGUUCGCAUAUCACAAUGAGGGCGUUCGGUUACAGCAGAUCGUAAAUAAGACAAAUGUAGCCGAGAGUCGGCUUGGUGUGGCAAUUGGAGACAUCGACAUGUCCCAAGCCGCCGGAGAUGACGGAGACCUUCUUGGUGACGAGGAUGCCGCGAUGAGGGAGCUGGAAUCGCUGAUCGUGGAAGGAGAGAACAGCAAGAACGUCCCGUUCGACGAGACUAGAGCAAGAAUCAGUCCUGUACAAGCGAUUCUUGCAAAUGCAGGAGUUUCGUACACUCACGAGAAUUCCGAAGUUAUUGGUACAUCAAAGACCGAAGCACGAAUAAGUCGCAAAGCUGCAGAGGCGGCCGAAGCCUCUGUUGACCAUCGUCCCAUUUUCGACGACUUCCGUGAUACCUUUGACCGUGAUCAGGUCAAAUUGCAUUGGAAGCACAACCCGCCGGAGAGUGUACGGAGACGUCAAUUCUGUACCAUGGCUAAAAUGUUCGGAUUCACCAAUGCCACAGAGUUUGCGCUUGUCGUCGAGGGUUGGACGCAGGAGCAGCGGCGCAAUUGCUUAGAGAAGUUUUAUAGAAUGAGAAGAGAGUAUCUGUUUCGUGAUGGAGCGAGGCAAUCCAUAUCUACGAUGCCAGAAGAAGACCGAGAUGCCGCCCUUGGGAAGUGUGAGGGAGAGCCACGGACUGAUGCUAGUGACUCGGUCAUUCAGCAGGACUGGACAGAUCAGCACAACAACAACAACAACAAUGAAGACGAUGCGACAGAUUAUGAGCUAUGAACGGAGGUGCCUCAUCGUGGUUAUGUUGCUCCUGGAUUUAACCGUGAAUAUCCCAUGUAUUAGUUUUCAUGAAAAUGCAAAAUCCCCCAAUUUUCAGCAUUG